AUGAAACCUACGAAACCAUCCGAGAAACAAUCCGAGAAACAAUCCGAGAAACAACCCGAGAAACAAUCCGAGAAACAAUCCGAGAAACAACCCGAGAAACAAUCCGAGAAACAAUCCGAGAAACAAUCCGAGAAACAAUCCGAGAAACAGUCCGAGAAACAAUCCGAGAAACAAUCCGAGAAACAAAACGAGAAACAACCCAAGAAACAAAACGAGAAACAACCCGAGAAACAAUCCGAGAAACAAUCCGAGAAACAACCCGAGAAACAACCCGAGAAACAACCCGAGAAACAACCCGAGAAACAAUCCGAGAAACAACCCGAGAAACAACCCGAGAAACAACCCGAGAAACAAUCCGAGAAACAACCCGAGAAACAACCCGAGAAACAAUCCGAGAAACAACCCGAGAAACAAUCCGAGAAACAACCCGAGAAACAACCCGAGAAACAACCCGAGAAACAACCCGAGAAACAAUCCGAGAAACAACCCGAGAAACAACCCGAGAAACAAUCCGAGAAACAACCCGAGAAACCCGAGAAACAAAACGAGAAACAACCCGAGAAACAAAACGAGAAACAACCCGAGAAACAACCCGAGAAACAACCCGAGAAACAACCCGAGAAACAACCCGAGAAACAACCCGAGAAACAAUCCGAGAAACAACCCGAGAAACAAAACGAGAAACAACCCGAGAAACAAUCCGAGAAACAAAACGAGAAACAAAACGAGAAACAAUCAUGGGAGUUCUGGAAUUCGGACCCACACUGUGAAAACUGUGUUUAG